AUGAAAUGGUUGGGAACUUGUUGUAAUAUCNUGCUAGGUGUUCCAAACACUGAUCUCCAACUUGUUGCCUCCAGCCAAGCUGCAGCUGACACGUGGGUUCGCAAAAACGUCCGCAACUAUAACAAUGUCAGAUUCCGCUACAUCUCGGUCGGGAACGAGGUGCAACCCUCGGAUCCAGCUGCGAGGUUUCUCCUCCCCGCCAUGCAGAACAUCGAUAGAGCGGUUUCAGGCCUCGGGAUCAAGGUCUCAACGGCUGUAGACACCAGAGGCAUUUCCGGGUUUCCGCCGUCAAGUGGAACCUUCACGCCAGAAUUUAGGAACUUUAUCGCGCCGGUGAUAGGGUUCUUGGAAAGCAAGAAAUCUCCUCUGCUCGUGAAUAUCCACCCUUACAUCAGCUACAAGAACAACAUGAAAAACAUUCGGUUGGACUACGCUCUGUUCAGCGCACGGUCUCCUAUAGUCAUUGACGGACAUAACCACUACCGAAACCUCUUCCACGCAAUCCUAGACACUGUUUACGCAUCAUUGGAGAAAGCUGGAGGCGGAUCGUUGGAGAUUGUGGUGUCCGAGAGCGGUUGGCCUACCGCGGGAGGACCCGCCACAAGUGUGGCCAAUGCGAAGACUUACGUGAACAAUUUGAUUCAAACUGUGAAGAGUGGAUCACCGAGGAGGCCAGGGAAAGCUAUAGAGACUUACAUAUUUGCUUUGUACGAUGAGAAUUUGAAGCAGGGUCCCGAGAUUGAGAAGCAUUGGGGACUGUUUCUUCCGAACCUACAGCCUAAGUAUGGUGUCAAUUUCAACUAAUAAUCCUGAACACAUUAGGAUGAAAUGGUGUGAGAUAAAUGGUUUGUAUUGAAAAGGUUUCCAAAAAGUGGGAAC